CCGUAUUUCGAAAUAUUCGCUACAUCUGUGCGAUAUUCGGCAAAUACUCGUGCACGAACUUCUUGAGAAAAUGCCGAGUCGUUGAAGUGAAAGAUAAGGGUGGUGAUAGCUUCCGAAAUGCGGCGAACGUAAGAGCAAUGUGUUUUUCUUUCUGAGACGAGACGAGGAACCGGGAGAGAAACUGGGAGCUGCGACUACACGACGAAGAGUAAUUUCCCGGAGAAGGCAAACAAACGCGUGGGUUUCGAUUAAACGCGGUGGACACGUUUGAUCACGCAGCAAGGAUCUCGCUUGGUCGGAUGGACGAUUCGCUCGAGUUCCUGAAUCGAGCGACCGCCAGUCUCGAAUGGCGAACCCUCAGGAACGCUUCGGCCGUUCCAUUGGACGUGCACGCGUCCGUCUUUCAACUGAGACUGAAGUGGAGGAAUCGUUGGUGCGCGGAACUGAUUGACCUUCAGGACAAUGGAAUGUUCGUGGACAGACGGUUGCGGCGCUUUUUGUGCCGCGGACCGAAGUACACGGGGAAGAUGACGAGGGAGAUCGCCGUCGUCAAGGAAUCGCUGUCUUCUACGUACGAUUCUGCGCGGAUUUGCAAAAGCGAGGGUCAGCAACGAGGAUGUUACCAAGGCGAGUCAGAGGUGGCGAAGUUAAUGGCGACUUCGAGAAACGAGAGGGAAUUACGUUGGGCUUGGUCCGCUUGGAGAGACCGUAUGAGCGGGAUGAGGUGGCCGUUUGCACAGUUGGUCGCCCUUGAAAAUGCAGCUGCGCGAAGUAACGGCUACGCGGAUGUCGGAGCGUACUGGAGGGAAGAGUUUGAAAUUCCGAACUUGGAGAACGUCUUCGAGGAGAUGUACCGACGUGUCGAGCCCCUGUACCGCCUCCUUCACGCCGUCGUGAGGUCUCGACUCGCGAAAUUGUAUCCCGAUGUCGUCGACACGUCCCAACCGAUUCCUGCUCAUCUGUUGGGCAACCUGUGGUCGCAGAGUUGGGAGACGUUAAUCGACGUGGUGUUUCCGAACUACGCAGCGAUCGUGCCGGAUCUGGCGGACUCGAUGAGGCGGGACAAUUACAGCGUGACGAGGAUGGUGAGAGAAGCGGAGGAUUUCUACGUCUCCCUUGGAUUUCCGCCCUUGACGCCGGAGUUCUGGCGGAACUCGGUCCUCGAACGGGAACCUGGUGAAACUACCAGCUGCCACGCGACUGCUGUUAACAUGUUUAAGAGAAACGACGUUAGGAUCUUCGCGUGCCUCGAGGCGAGACCGCAAGAUAUCAACGUUAUCCAUCACGAGUUAGGCCACAUACAAUACUACAUGGCGUACCAGAACCAGCCGUCGUUUUUCAAGAACGGCGUGAAUAGCGCCUUCCACGAGGCGAUAGGCGACGCGAUCUCCCACGGGGCGACUUCCGCCCGGCACAUGCGGCGUCUAGGCUUGAUGCGCGGGGCGUCGCCGAACUCGUUGGGGGAAACGGCGAUCCUGGUGAGGCGGGCUUUGCUGAAGAUACCGCAGCUGUUGAGCGGCCUGGUGAUUGAGAAAUGGAGGUGGUCGGUGUUCUCCGGGAGAACGAGACCCUCGAGCUACAAUCGGGCGUGGUGGGAGCUGCACCGUCGCUACAUGGGCGUCGCGCCGCCGUCGCCGAGGACCGAGCAGUUCUUCGACGCCGCCGCCAAGUACCACGUUGCCCACGGUAUACCUUACGCCAGGUAUUACCUGGCGAGCUUCCUGCAAGUGCAACUGUUCGGAGGGAUGUGCGAGGCGACCGGCUCCACGACGUCCAACGCGAGCCUCCACGAGUGCGACAUUUACGGAUCGAAGGACGCGGGAAGGAUCUUGAGCUUUAAUUAUACUUCUCAAGGUGUGGCUCGGAGUGGUAAAAAAAAAUAUAAUUCUAAAAAAUACGCUCGUUUCUCGUCUUUAAGGUCGGUGAUGAAACUCGGGAGCAGCGUGGACUGGAGGCGCGCGUUGCGCUUUACCACGGGCCGGGCUGAGUAUCGCGCGGAGCCGCUUCUGGCUUACUACGAGCCGGUUCGCGAGUGGCUGCAGCUCGAGAUCAAGCGUCGUGGGAUCCCGAUGGGCUGGAACUGA